GUGGUGAGGCAUUGGAUUGGGUUCGUUGUAGGCGCCCGCAAGUUGUGGCUGCCCGGGCAGUGCUCCGAGGAGAGUACUGUGUACAUGUCUUUGUAUAAGUUCAUGCCCUUCUCCGCUCUCGUCUUGAACGCUCUUUGCUUUAACUAAGCAUUAGCACCAAAGGCUCCCGAGCUACAGACCAAUACCACAACCAAAACAUUCACUUGUUGACUACCUAUCCUCCCUCUCCACCUACACAACAGUCCUCCACGCUACCCACCAUGUCCCCCCCGACAGAAAUUGGUUCCUCCAAAAGUGGCAGGGACAGACAUGCCUCUGUGUCUGACGCAGCUGCGCUCACCACAAAGGACGCAGCAGCCAAGCAGCAACAAGCCCCUGUCCCCCCCGUGGCUUCCGAUCCCGUUGUGGAUGAUGAUAUCGACGUCGACGCGGAGCUUGCCGCCCUUGACCAGGAAAUCGAGACCACCGCGGCCGAUAAGGAGCAGGAUGCGCGCGAAAAAAAGCGGUUGAGGCAGGAGGCCAAGGACAGCAAUGACCAGCUCGACGCCAUCAGGAAUGCCACAGGCGAGGGCAGUUCCGAUCUCGCCACAUCGGACGACGACCACGGCGCUGAGGCCUUCGCCAAUGAGACGCUCGAGCAUGCCAAGGGCAUUGCGGCCGACAAGGCAGAGGCUGAGAAGGUCAAACAACAGCUGAUCAACGAUCUCGAUGCCGCGAAAGACAAGAUCGUUGAGUUGCAGGAGACGGAGAAGCGCUUGACGUCCGAGCUAGAGGACACAAAGGCUGAUAAAGAGAGAUUGGAGACCGAGCUCGCCAAGGUAAAGGAGGAGAAGGAGGCCUUGGAGGAGAAGGUCACCAAGUUGGAGGAGGACAAGGAGGACUUGGAGAAGCAGCUCGCCAAGUUGAAGGAGGAAAAGGAGGACGUUGAGAAGCAGCUCGCCAAGUUGAAGGAGGAAAAGGAGGACGUUGAGAAGCAGCUGCAGGACAAGACGGAAGAGCACCUGAACGAGCUCCGCAUGUCUACCCGUUUGCGACAAGAGCGUGACACGGUGCAGCAACAGUUGGACCAGUACAAACGGGCGUCAGACGAGAAGCUGAAGAGGGUUGCCCAGAGCCUGAAGAGGGCCAAUGAGCUCCUAAAGGCGGCGAGAGCCCGUUAAGCUGAUGCCUGUGGGGGGCGGAGACUUUCAAGAUUAACCGGUGGUGGUGAUGGUGGUGUGUGUUUGAGCAUGGCGAGGCGUACUGGGUAUUACUGGAGACUGUCGUUGAACUUUUCUUUAUACUGUUUAACCCUUACUGUCGUUAGACUUUCUUUUGUAUCAUUUAGCCCUCACUGUCGUUAGAC